CAGUGAGGCGGUCCCUCGCCUGCCAGGAGAAACGCGAAUCACUGACAAAGAAGUUAUUUACAUAUGUCCUUUCAAUGGCCCCAUUAAGGGAAGAGUAUACAUCACAAAUUAUCGUCUUUAUUUAAGAAGUUUGGAAACGGUAAGUAGACUCUAAGAACGUAAAGAUGACCCUAAAUCUUAAAGAUAAUGCUGAACUGUUUCACUGCUACCUUGCAGAUUUACUGUGGAUCAGAUUAACAUGGGGAAUAGAUUUGCUGCUCAACUCUUAAUUUUUGGCUUUUGCAAAACUCAUUUUACACUAACACCUAUAUAUGUAGAGAGUAGAGUGAAUUUUAAAAAGUAAGACAUUUUAGUCCCCCAAAUAGUGGGGAAGGGUUGGUAAUUGUAGCCAUUUGCAAGUUUGGAGAAGUCAGAUGCAGAACAGUGGUUCUUUACCAAAAACACACGAGAACCACUUAUGGAGCUUAACAAAUAAUACAGAUACCCCAGAUAACAGGAGUUAGUAAUAUUGAGGUAGUAUUUGAUUUAUUUUUUUCAUGAUAAAAUUUUCUCAUGAUAAAUUCAUAUAAUCAGAAUUUCUAGGGCCCUGCUCCAGGCACGUUUGUAUUUUUAAAACUUUACAAAGGAGGAUGCUGAUGUAAAUCCCUGGUUAAGGACCAUUUCUCUAGAACUUUCUAAGUGUUCAAUUACAAAGCACACGGUAGAAGUUUACAACUGGGAUGGUGAUGGUGUGGCCUAUUGCCACUCUGUAUUUUCAUUCUGCGGUCAUGGAAUGUUUGCCACAGCAUUUCAGAGAAACCCUACACUUGAUGGAACAGUGAGAUAAAGAAGAGAUGCCCCAGUGAAUAGUUGCUGCGGCUGCCACAGAAGGACUAUGGUUGCCUUUGCCCAGGUCGGCCUGAAGGGGCAGGUGUAUUUUGAUGGGAUGGACUAAAGGGGAAUAGGUCCAGGGUACACAGAAGAGUAGCCCACCAGCACCCUAUACACAGGAGACAUCGAGACUGUUGGGGGAAUCUAGCUUUUACUUUAUUGCUUUUACCCCACCAGUUCUUCAGGACAGUUCUAAUCUAGCUUAGUUUUCAUCUUUUGAUCUAUUUUUUUCAUUAUGUUCAUUAUUGUGCCCAACUUCUGAAAAUUGCUGUUUCUUAUUCCUAUUGCUUUAGCUGUGAGAGCUCCUUUUAUAGUUGCCCCACCUUAGGGCAGCACCUAUAGCACAGUGUUUAUAGGGACUGGUGUGUGGAUCAGGCACUGGUGUGUGGAUCAGGCCACAGGGUCCUGAGAGGAGGCAUUUUAUUUAUAUGAGUCGAUUCUGACUUCUGAAUAAGACUUGAGUUGUGCAAAUGUUCUAGUUUUCCAGAAUGUGAAAGGAGAUUUGGAAAUUAACAGAGCAGUGAGCAGAAUGUCAACCCUUGACAGUUAAUGGCCAAAAGUCCAGAAUUAAUCAUUUAGGUGGAUGAUCUUUAACUACUUAGAACAGAUAUAAACUGUUGGGAGUGUUACUGAUGCAGUGUCUUGAUUGGAUCAAGGCAUAUGACAGACCCUGAUGAAGAAACGUGGGCUCAAUGGUGGCAGCGCACUUAGAUGGAGUUGUAGAUCUUGUAUUAAAGCUUUAUGCCAACGAGGAAGGGUGGAUGCUGAUGUCUUGCUGUGUGGGGCCGUCCUCUCCAGCCUUUCUAAUGCAUGCAGGUGAGCACAUAGAAGGCAUGUGUGUCCACUAUGUGAAAAACAGCAGACUACCAAUGUGCUGCAUGACAGAACCAGAGUUUGCAAUGAUCUCAGUUGGCUAGGAUGUUGGACCAAAACUAAUAAUGUGAAAUUUAGCAUAGAUAACAUUUACUUAUGAAAAAUCAACUGUAUACAUAAAGGAUGGAGGAAGUCUGUCUCAACAGGAAUCCAGGCUUUGUAUGAGCUGGCAGUUGGAUACAACUGAUUAAAAGCUAAUAUAACAGUAGGCUGGAUUAACACACAUAUAAUGUAAUGGCCAGAUAAAAUGAGACAGUUGUCUCAUCUGAAGUGUCGUGUUCAAAUCCAGGUACCACAUUUUAAGAGGGACAUUGAGAAACUAGAGUGAGUUCAGACAAAGGGAACCAGGCUAACAGCUACACUGUGAGCAAUGAUGGAAACAAAUGUUGAUCUUCAGUCUGAAGAUAAGACUAAAGAGAGACCUUGAUAGAGCUUACUCCGAAUAUUUGAAAUGCCUUUCUGUGGAGAGGGAUUAGAUUCCGCUUGGUUCCCAAGGAUCAAAUUGGGACAGAUCAGUAGAAGUCUGCAGGAGACUUUAUGCUGAUAUUUGCAAGAAUCAUCAAAACUUAGAAUUACAGAAAAUGUUACAGUCCCUUUCACCUUUGGGACUCUUGGCUUGUUGUCACUGAAAAUGAUCCGUGGGACUUAUUCAAAAUGUGGUGUCAUGGCGAGAUUGCGUGUAAAGUAUCAUCACCAUUCCAUACAACCAACAACAAAAGUCUCUGUAGAAAAGAGCUCGGAAGGAAAUAACACUGACGGUUAGUAGUUAGGAUAUCUGGAGAGCGGGACUCUGCCUGCCUCCUUUCCUUCCUUCCACUCUUCAGUAUCUUUCAGAACACCUAGAAUGAGCAGUAUUGCUUUCAUGUUUGGGAGAACACUUAGCAAGCUUUAUUUCUUUUGUCUUCAUACGGCACCCUGGAGGGUGGGGAGUAGCAGCUGAGUGGGUGAAUAAAAUACCCUCUUUGACUUUGACUACUAACUUUUGUUUUCUUCCACCAAGUUUUACAUAACCAUUUUGACCAAUUGGCACAACAUUUAGUGCAAGUAUAAAGCAGAACCCAUCAUAGAAAGAAAGCCAUUUCAGUGGUGACACAGAAGCCUAGACACGUAGCCAUCAUAGCGUUUCUUCACUUAAAGUCCUGAACAAGAAAAUUAAUUUGUGGAUUCUGCUGCCAAGUGUGAAACCUUUUGUGUGUGUUUGACAAAGAGCUGUCAUCUCACUGGCAUUUUGAAGCGGACACCUGUUUGUUUCAGGAUUCUGCUCUAAUACUUGAUGUUCCUCUGGGUGUGAUCUCAAGAAUUGAAAAAAUGGGAGGCGCGACAAGUAGAGGCGAAAAUUCCUAUGGUCUAGAUAUUACUUGUAAAGACAUGAGAAACCUGAGGUUCGCGUUGAAACAGGAAGGCCACAGCAGAAGAGAUAUGUUUGAGAUCCUCACCAGAUACGCCUUUCCCCUGGCACACAGUCUGCCAUUAUUUGCAUUUUUAAAUGAAGAAAAGUUUAAUGUGGAUGGAUGGACGGUUUAUAAUCCAGUUGAAGAAUACAGACGGCAGGGUUUGCCCAAUCACGAUUGGAGAGUAACUUUUAUUAAUAAGUGCUAUGAACUCUGUGACACUUACCCCGCCCUUUUGGUGGUUCCGUAUCGUGCCUCAGAUGAUGAUCUCAGGAGAGUUGCCACUUUUCGAUCCCGGAAUCGAAUCCCAGUGCUGUCAUGGAUUCAUCCAGAAAACAAGACGGUCAUUGUACGUUGCAGUCAGCCUCUGGUCGGUAUGAGUGGUAAACGGAAUAAAGACGAUGAGAAGUAUCUUGAUGUUAUCAGGGAGACUAAUAGACAAAUUUCUAAACUCACCAUCUAUGAUGCAAGGCCCAAUGUAAAUGCAGUGGCCAACAAGGCAACAGGAGGAGGAUAUGAAAGUGAUGAUGCAUACCAUAACGCUGAACUUUUCUUCCUGGACAUUCAUAAUAUUCAUGUUAUGCGGGAAUCUUUAAAAAAAGUGAAAGACAUUGUUUAUCCUAACGUAGAAGAAUCUCACUGGUUGUCCAGUUUGGAGUCUACUCAUUGGUUAGAACAUAUCAAGCUGGUUUUGACGGGAGCCAUUCAAGUGGCAGACAAAGUGUCUUCAGGGAAGAGCUCGGUGCUGGUGCACUGCAGCGACGGAUGGGACAGAACGGCCCAGCUCACAUCCCUGGCCAUGCUGAUGUUGGACAGCUUCUAUAGGAGCAUUGAAGGCUUCGAAAUACUGGUACAGAAAGAGUGGAUAAGUUUUGGACAUAAAUUUGCAUCUAGAAUAGGUCAUGGUGAUAAAAACCACGCCGAUGCUGACCGAUCUCCUAUUUUUCUACAGUUUAUCGAUUGUGUGUGGCAAAUGUCAAAACAGUUCCCUACAGCUUUUGAAUUCAAUGAACAAUUUUUGAUUACAAUUCUGGAUCAUCUGUAUAGUUGCCGGUUUGGUACUUUCUUGUACAACUGUGAAUCUGCUCGAGAAAGACAGAAAGUUACAGAAAGGACUGUUUCUCUCUGGUCACUGAUAAACAGUAAUAAAGAAAAAUUCAAAAAUCCUUUCUAUACUAAAGAGAUCAAUCGCGUUUUGUAUCCAGUUGCCAGUAUGCGCCAUUUGGAACUUUGGGUGAAUUACUAUAUUAGAUGGAACCCCAGAAUCAAGCAACAACAGCCGAAUCCAGUGGAGCAGCGUUACAUGGAGCUCUUAGCUUUGCGCGAUGAAUACAUCAAGCGGCUGGAGGAAUUGCAGAUCAACAACUCAGCCAAGAUCUCCGAUCCCCCAACUUCUCCAGCAAGCCCUUCCCAAAUGAUGCCCCAUGUGCAAACUCACUUCUGAGCGGGAACCUGGCGCCAAGUUCCAUUUCUGAAUAAAGGAAAUACCUGACUUUGAUCUUGUGCAUCUGUACAAAGUAGAUUAAAAUAUUUGCCUCCAUAUAGAACUUGAACUAACAUAACCUUCAACUCUUGAAUAUGUGCCUUCUAUAAUACAUAUUACAAGAAAAAUACAGUGUCCACACGGCAAUCAGAAGAAAGGAGCCAAGAUGAUGUUUUGGAAAAUCCUGACACCAUUAAAUCAGCAGGUUUUGAAAAGAGAAAAUUUAGGUUUAAUUUACCUCUUUAGAAAUACUAUGUAUGCAAUAUGGAUUUUGUGGGUUUCAUUGAAACAAUGUAAUUUUAAGUUAAAAGGGAGAAUGUGUUUGUGAAAUGGAUUUUCCCCAAGCUGCUUCUAAUAGUUACUUUGGAUUGUCCAAAAUGAAUCCAAACGUGAAAGAUGUGUGUUACUGCCAACACCAAACUGAGCUCAACUUCCUAGGUGUUCUCCAAAAGCAAGGUGUUGACGUAAUUGCCAAAUUUUGUGCCACCGGAAGUGGUGAUUUAAGGAGAAGUAGCUGCAGAGAUGAGUUUGGCUCAUGAUUUUGAAAUUUUGGACUAUGAAGUGUUUUCCCCUCCUCCUCAAGAGAAGCUUAUUUUUAUAUUGAAAGACUGAUGAGGCCCAGUUAAAUACGAUUUGAUGUUUUUUUUCACUUUGCCAGUUCUGUUUUCUAGAUUUUUCAUGAACUUGCCGAAAAUUCCGAAUGGUUUUCAGGUUGUGGCAAACAGCACUGUGUAAGGGCAUCAGGUGCCAUGAUGCUCCUUAGGUGGGAAUGUGUUCGCAAACCUCGCUCUAGUCUAGCCAGCUCAUCUACCACAGGAGGGUUCGCCAUCUUGUGUGUAUGAGCUCUUGCUGGAGCAUCGGUCUUUGAAAUAGUGCCCAGAUGUGUAGUGGUUGAGUGUAUUCUUUAGAGUGUUGUGUUUCCUGAAUUUCAGUUUGAAUGGUGUCAGGUGCCCCUUCCCUUAAGUGUGCAUAAAAACUGGUUCUACAGAUUUUUACUUGAAGUACCGGGCAGUUUGCUUUUUCAGGUUUUUUGGCGUUUGUUUGUUUUUUUGUUUUAUUGGUUGUUUUUCUUUGUGUAGUAUUAAAUGAAAUUUUAAAUGCACAGUUCUAUUUGAUAUCUGAACUAAUUCAUUUAGUAAGUAUAUUUGUAAAAGUUAAGGCUAGAGUUAAAACAAUUAAUGUGUUUUACAAUGGUUUGUAAAGGACUAUUUAUAGCUAAUAUGGUUUUGUUUUCAGUGAAUUAAGAGAGAUUAAAUAUAUCUUUGUAAAUUAUUUUAUGUCAUAGCUUAAUUGGUCUACCAAAUAAGGCAUCUCAAAUGCAGUAGUGUAAUGUAUGAAUUUUGUAAGUAUAAGAAAUUUUAUCAGACAUUCUCUUGCUUUUUGUAAACGCUGUAAAUAUUUCAUAAAUUAACAAAGUAUCACUCCAUAAGAAGAAAAAAGCUAAUACUAAUAGCUUAAAGGAUUUUGUGAAAUUUCAUGAAAGAAUUUUCAUGGCAAUAAUGACUAAAGACCUGCUGUAAUAAAUAUAUUAACGAAAACGUAACCCUCGAUUGUCAGGGCUAUAACUGCAGAUUUGUGUUUAAAUGCAUAUGACACCUGUCUUAUUUUCUGUUCUGGAUCUCAUUGGUGUGCUUUUUUCUGUGUCUUACUAGCAACCUUACAAGGCUCUGCCAUAAUUCCAACAAUAGUUGUCAUUCAAGCACAUUAACAAUGCAGACUUUAAGGGUCACGGCUGUCUUUACUACAGUGAGAAUACCAAAAACCAAACCAAACCCCUUGCCAUCGAGUCGAUUCCUACUCAUGACG